GCGCCCCGGUUCGGUGGCCGCAGCUGCCGGUCGUGCAGGCAGGAGUGACCCGGGCAUCCUGUCUCCCGGAAACAGUUACCGAUGCCGUGGGUUUAGGAAGGGAUCGGGUGUAGCCACAUUGGGGGGGACCACUGGGGGCUCAACGCGAGGUCAGCGAGCCCAGUGCCAGGCCGUGCCUUAGGCGGGUCGCGCUGAGCGUGCACGGGGCGCCCUGCCCGUAGCCGCCCCAGGCUUUUCCUCCGCGGUGCCCGGCUCUGGCUUCGGAGCGCGCCUUGCCGUCUGACCCGCACGUGCUGUGCUCUGCAGGGAGUACGUGCUAUGCAGUCCAAGGGAAGCCCGCUCUCCGCCGUCCAGCCCGGGAACGUCCCCGCAAACCCCUGCGCCCUCCCCCAGGGGGCGCCUUCGCUCUCCUCCCCGAGACACAGCCUGCUUCUCCAGGGCGCAUGAUGCCAGGGGGGACGUCGCCCGCGAGAAAAAGGCCCCGUCGAAGCCUGUCGAGCAGCAGAGCGAAAAAAAAUGCAUCCAAGUCCAUCGUGCUGUGUUUCAACAACACGCCACCCGCCAAACUUGCCUGCCCGGUGUGUAGUCAGAUGGUGCCCCGCUAUGACCUGAACCGGCACCUCGAUGACAUGUGUGCUAGCCGCGAUGACGUCACUCCGGGGGCCCCGGGGCUGGGCGGCGUCCCGGGUUCAGCCGUGGCCCCUGGAGAAGGGGUAACACCGGAGAAGUCGCCACCGUCCAAGACAGACUUAACCCCCGAGCAAAGCGACUCGGCAACACGGGGCGCGCAAAAGCGGACCAGCCCCUACUUUCAAGGUACCGAUGGCGGCGUGUGCCACAGUCAAGACACCGAGCUGAGAUCUCGCCAAGUCCAAGUGGUUCCUUUGGGAAGCCUGUCGUCCAAGUUAUCCAGGAGGUACCUGCAGGCGAGAAGAGCCACGGAGAAGAACGAGGCCUCGGCCGCAGCGGUCAGGGUGGUGGCCAGCUGUGCCGAGGCGAAGGACGAGGAUCGGGGCUUGGAGAGCAGCUCCCAAAAGGAAAACCUGUUUUCCUGCGAUUCUCUUCCGGAGCAAGAUCCUGUCGAAGGCCCCUCGUUAAUGGCAGCUGCAAAGCCAGAGCCUCCCCAGGACCGUGGGAGGUCCACCCUCGCUCCUGCCUCCCCAGAUAAUGCUGUGUUAUCGCCCCAACGAACUCCUGGGAAUAAACCACUGUCCGCUUCCGAGGACAGCCGUGCAGAGCAGGAGAGCGUCGGACAAGCGGAUGGUGCAGGUGUCGGGACACGGGAGGCCGAUGUUGGUGAAGAAACCGAAGUCCCUAGGGCUUCGGAAUCUGAAACACGGCUUUCUUGGGAGGCGCCAUCUCAGAGCUCUACCCAUGACGCUUCCGAGUGGGGGAACUUCCACAAACUCCCUCUGGAAGGUGACAGCGGCUUAAAGGAUGAAACCGCUCCCGGGGUUCCUUCGGGGCUGGGGCCGAGCUGCGGCGUUCCUGGUGAAAUGGGCCCAGCGCCGCCGGGCCACCCUUACUACCUCCGCAGCUUCCUGGUGGUGCUGGGAGCCGUCUUCGAGAAUGAGGACGACAGGAUGCUCUUUGACGAGCAAGAGAGGGGAAUCGUCACUAAAUUCCAUCAGUUAUCAGAGCGUGGUCAGAAGUUAUACGUCAGACUUUUCCAGCGCAAGUUCGGCUGGAUUAAGAGGCAUAAGUUGGAAUAUGAAGAGAUCGCCCCUGACUUGGCGCCCGUGGUUGGAGAACUGGAGCGAGCCGGCUUUCUGCAGACGGAAUCCGAGUUGCAAGAACUCCCCGAAGUGCUUGAACUGCUUUCCGCUCCCGAGCUGAGGACCCUGGCAAAGACCUUCCGCGUGGGGAGCCCCGGUGGGCAGAAGCAGCAGCUGGCCGAGGCCUUGCUCAAACUGGCCAGACAGCCCUCCGUCUGCACCUGGGGCAAGAACGCGCCCGGAGUCGGGGCGGUGAUCUUAAAGAGGGCCAAGGACCUGGCGGGCCCGGCGCUGAGGGUGUGCAGGGGCCCCCGGGCGGUGUUCUCCCGGGCCCUGCUGCUCUUCUCCCCGACCGACUCCCCGGAAGAGGAGGACGCCGCCUGCGGGGGGCAGGGCCAGCUCUCCGCGGUGCUGCUGGCGAACCUGGGCCGCGUGGCCUUCCCCCGGUACACGGUCAGCCGGCGCGCCCGGGUCUUCCAGGACAGAGACGACCUCCUCAGGUACGCCGCCGCCGCCCACGUGCUGAGUGACAUCUCUGCCGCCAUGGCCGCCGGGAACUGGAAGGAAGCGAACGCGCUCUCUCAAGGCGCCAGGAGGGACUGGAAGGAGCUGAAGAGCCACCCUUCCCUGAGGCACCACGCGGCCCUGCCGCCCUUCCUGCGCUGCUUCACCGUCGGCUGGGUGUACACCAGGAUCCUGUCUCGGGCCGUGGAGAUCCUGCAGCGGCUGCACCUGUACGAGGAAGCCGUCCAGGAACUGGAGGACCUUUUGUCCCAGAAAGUCUAUUGUCCCGACAGCAGAGGCCGGUGGUGGGACCGGCUGGCUCUCAACCUCCACCAGCACUUGAAACGCCUCGAACCGGCUAUCAAGUGCAUCGCGGAAGGGCUGGCGGACCCCGAGGUGAGGACGGGGCAUCGCCUGUCGCUGUACCAGAGAGCCGUGCGCCUGAGGGCGUCGCCCAGCUGCCGGCGGUACCGCCACCUCCUCCAGCAGCUGCCGGAAGUCACCGUGCAGGACGUGAAGCACGUGAGUCCCGUCCUGUGGGUCCUCCCAAGGGAAGGCAGCCAGGAACCGUUCGGGUGUCACCGUCUCGUAGACUUAGGAGACUGGCGAGCACUGUGGACAGGGGCGUGGCCACCGCUCCAUCCUCACCCGCUGGCGGGCUUGCUCCGGCCCUGGGUUGAGCGACUUCCUGGAAAUCUCCGGGGCCAGCAGCUCGCAGCCUUUGCCGGUGUCGCCUUCGUGGUCAGGGCGCCGGAGAGCAGCUCUGGGGCCCACAUCUCCCCCGGGGCCGAGGCAGUGACCUGGGAGGUGCCACCGUGGGGGUCACCGGCCUCAGAAUGGGUGGCUGGGGGGCGUGUGGGCCUGGGGGUCCCCAGGUUUGCCCCCUGCAGCUGCAGUGAGGCUCAUGGCCGUCCUCCUGUCCCGUCUCAGGUGACCAUCACGGGCCGGCUGUGCCCGCAGCUCGGGAUGGGCAAGUCCGUGUUUGUGCUGGAGGCCGGGGGGCCCGCCACCCCUGCCACAGUCCUGUGCUCCGUGGAGGAGCUGGCGCUGGACCAUUACAGACGCAGCGGCUUCGACCAGGGGAUCCACGGGGAGGGCUCCACCUUCAUCACGCUCUUCGGCCUCCUCCUGUGGGACAUCAUCUUCAUGGACGGGAUCGCAGACGUCUUCAGGAACGCCUACCAGGCAUUCCCGCUGGACUUGUGCACAGACAGCUUCUUCGCAAGCCGGCGGCCGGCCAUCGAGGCCAGGCUGCGGCAGAUCCACGCGGCCCCCGCUGAGCGCCUGGGAGCCUGGGUGGCGGCCACGUGGGAGGCCCAGGAAGGCAGAGCGGCGUCCGUCGUCAGCUGGGACCGCUUCGCUUCUCUGCAGCAAGCUCAGGACCUCGUUUCCUGCCUGGGGGGCCCCGUCCUCAGCGGGGUGUGCCGGCGCCUGGCCGAGGACUUCCGACACUGCCGAGGCGGCCUCCCCGACCUGGUGGUGUGGAGCUCCCAGGACCGUCGCUGCAAGAUAUAUUUCGCCCCAGUCUGUGCCUGGAUUCUUCGUUCUCUCACUACUGUCUUUUCAAGAGCAGGAGUUUUAAAUGUCGACAGUGGUGCAGUGGGGUGAGCCAUUUAAAUACCGGGUGGAAACUCCUCCGGCUUGUUUGGUGGCUGUUCCGUUUCCGGAGACUAAUUCCUUGAAAACUGCUCUUGCAGCUGGUGGAAGUCAAGGGCCCCAAUGACCGCCUUUCGCACAAGCAGAUGGUCUGGCUGGACGAGCUGCAGAGGCUGGGGGCCGACGUCGAGGUCUGUCACGUCACGGCAGUCGGAGCCAAGAGCAGAGGCCUUCA